AUGCCGGAAGAGGCCUUUGUAGGACUCUUGGAGCCAGCAUCUCCUGUGCAGUCACCAGCCGAUUUGGUGAAGAUUGCUAUCGAGAAGGCGAAUGCCAUGAUCGCCCGACAGCGUGUCGAGUUGCCGGCAGAACAGAUGCUGCCUCCUCCUCCGCCUGUGCCUGUGGGAAAAAUGAUGGGGUAUGUCGAACCCCCAGGGCCUCCGUCCCCGGCUAUGCCUCCAAUGGAGCAUGUUUCAAAGAAGGCUCGAGUGUCGGGACCUCCCCCGAAAGCUCCGAGGGUGGUGAUGGCUGCUUCUCCUUUGGAUGUUCCUGCCUCGCCAAGCUUAGGGUUUAGGGUUUAG